CUGCCUUAUCUGUCUAAUCGCUAGUUCGCUACCCAUUGAGCGUGUCUGUCUGCGAGGGGAAGAGAGCGAAAGAGAGAGAAAGUGCGGGCGAGAGAGAGAGAGAGAGAGAGAGAGAGAGAGCGAAAGAGUACAAAUUACAAAUCCCUCUUUCCUCGCAAAUGCAAAGGAGUUGGCGCUGGAACAUAGAAACCUUUUUCCCACACUUCACCACCCGAUUCUCACAUUUCUUCUUCGUCUUCCUUCCUCUUUCAGACAGAGCAACCUCCUUACCGGAUUGAUUGCUUUUUCUGUCUGAACAAAAAAAAUCCACUCCCACUUUUCUGCAACCCAAUCGACCCAAUACAACUCUUUAGAUAUCUUCACAUUUUAUCUUCUUACCAAAGCUUGUCGGUGGGAAAUUGGUAAAGUUACACAAAGAAGUGGGGAUUUGUUCGUAAAUGCUUUCUUCUUCUUCUUCUGGAGACGGAGUUGACCGAACGCGAGGGUAACCAUGGUGGUCCGGAAGGUCGGAAAGUACGAGGUGGGAAGGACGAUUGGAGAAGGGACGUUCGCCAAGGUCAAGUUUGCUCAGAACACUGAGACUGGUGAGAGCGUUGCCAUGAAAGUGCUCGACCGCAGGACCAUCAUCAAGCACAAGAUGGUCGAUCAGAUUAAGAGGGAGAUAUCUAUAAUGAAGCUUGUCAGACAUCCAUAUGUUGUCCAUCUACAUGAGGUUCUUGCCAGCCGUACAAAAAUAUAUAUAAUAUUGGAGUUCAUUACAGGCGGAGAAUUGUUUGAUAAAAUAGUUCACCGAAGGCGACUGAGUGAAACUGAGGCAAGAAGAUACUUUCAACAGCUUAUUGACGGGGUGGGUUAUUGCCACAGCAAGGGGGUUUAUCACCGAGAUUUAAAGCCUGAAAAUCUUCUGUUGGAUUCCCACGGAAAUCUGAAAAUUUCAGAUUUUGGCCUUAGUGCAUUGCCUGCCCAAGGAGUUAGCCUCCUUCAUACCACCUGUGGAACUCCUAACUAUGUCGCACCUGAGGUACUCAGUCAUAAGGGUUAUGACGGUGCUGUAGCAGACGUCUGGUCCUGUGGUGUUAUUCUUUAUAUUUUGAUGGCAGGAUAUCUCCCAUUUGAUGAGAUUGACCUCACAACACUGUAUUUUAAGAUAGAGAAAGCAGAGUUUUCAUGCCCAUCUUGGUUUUCAGUUGGGGCACAAUCCUUGAUUCAUAGAAUUCUGGACCCAAAUCCUGAAACUCGCAUUCGCAUUGAAGAGAUGAGGAAGGAUGAAUGGUUUAGGAAGGGCUAUGUGCCUGUUAAGAUUGUUGAGUAUGAGGAUGUUAACCUGGAUGAUAUAUAUGCUGUUUUUGAUGAUCCUGAGCAGGUUAGUGAGAAAUCUGGGAAGGAAGACAUGGGUCCUCUGAUUUUAAAUGCUUUUGACCUAAUCAUUCUCUCGCAAGGGCUGAACCUUUCAGCAUUGUUUGACCAUGGACAGGACUGUCUGAUGCAUCAAACACGCUUUAUAUCACAAAAACCGGCAAAAGUUGUUCUGUCAAGUAUGGAAGUCGUUGCACAAUCAAUGGGGUUCAAAACACAUAUCCGUCAUUACAAGAUGAGGGUAGAAGGUCUUGCAACGAAUAAGGCUUCACAUUUCUCUGUUGUUUUGGAAGUUUUUGAAGUAGCUCCCUCAUUUUACAUGGUGGAUAUUUAUAAGGCAGCUGGAGAUUCAGUUGAAUUCCUCAAGUUCUACAAGAAAUUUUGUAGCAAGCUUGAGGAUAUCAUCUGGAAACCACCAAAUGAGACCAGCAAGCCGUGGUUGACCAGGUCAAGGCGUUAGUUUUGUUUCUGAUAACCUCUAUGUACCUCUAAUGUGCAAUUAUAUAUUGCAUUGACCACAAUACCUCAGUGGAUGUUCAAUGAAUGUUGUGACCCAUAGUUGCAUCUUCUGUGCAGUUUACCUUAAAUCACAUAUUGGGUAUGUAACUCAUUUGUCAUAUUCUGCAUUAAGUGAUGCUUUGUUGUAGAAACCCAUAGAUGAACUUAUUAAGAGAUGAAAUCAAUUGAGAUCCUGGGUUGAAAUUUCAUUAA